AUGGUCGCCAAGAAGACCCUCGAAACGCCUCGAUGCCUCACUAAGACUGGUAAUGCAGCCCAGCCUCCGGCAUCAAAUCUUGACGCAGCUGCAACGUUUCCAAAUAAACUCCAGCGUCGUCAGACACAAGUCCCAUAUCGACUCUUGCCUGCGGUACCAAGCGCUACUCCAGAGAAGGAUGUAGAAUACGAGGUCCCAAGAGAAGGUGAUGCACCUUUUGUCAGCCCUUUCACCUCAAAGGAACGGUUGACUGUGUCCGCCUGCCCUCGUUUCGCUCGCCCUCAUAAUGGACAGGUGAACGGGUACGUCAAGUUCAACUGGCCUACGAAACAGGACUCAGGUCAACCGCCUGAUCCUACGCCGUCACAAUCAGACGAUGAUGUUGAGGAUAUAACGCCGCAUAUAUCGCGAUCGCGUCCAGACACUCACAACUCUGGCAUGGUAUACCUGGACAUGUCUGCGCCCACGACAUCGCGAACGCAAAGCAGGAGGGCAUCAUCCGUGACCAUUGAGUUGGUGUUGGGAGGCAGCACUACAUCGCAGGCAAUGAUGGUGAAUUCAUCACCUUCACCUCAAGUAUUUGCACGAGCUCCGCGGAUGGUUCCCAAGAAGUUCGGCCACAAGGCCGCCAUGGCCGAGAUGGAUUAUAUCGACAGGAGAUUAUUCGACUUUUACAUCAAGAACUGGUGCCCAGGAAGGAGUGUUCUAACAACCACAAAUCUUUGGCUCAAAGACUUGGCUCCAAUGGGUGAAAACAAAGGCAUAUUGCAUGCUAUUCAAAGCCUUGCCGGAGUUUAUAUCUAUGACUAUUUGCCAGAUGAGCGUAUCCGAAAACGAAUUAACGAACGGUAUGCCAUGGCGAAUGAAUAUUUUGUCGAACUUCUCACUGCACCUGAAAGCAGAAUGCGCGGGCAGGGGCGAGAAGUCAUCACCAUGGCCGUGCUUCUUUCCAUGCAAGAUGCUAUCCUUACCGAACGACGUCUGAAAAAGCCUUACAAGCCCCGAUGGCUGGAGGGGUUUAAGCAGGGUGAAUAUUUCCUUCAACAAACAGAUCCUGGUCGUCGAUUAUGGAACGAAAGUUGCGGCACUGUUCAAUACGACUCCCUUCGGAUAUCUCAAUCAAUAAUCGUUGGUCGGGCUGUAAUACUUGCCCAGCCGAUGAUGGAACUCCCUGACCCGACAACAAUGAGCCCCGAGAUCGAAUCCAACAGGCUUAACUGGCUUAUUUACGGCACAGAAAAGGAUAUGCUUGAGAUUCAUGGUGGCUGCGGCUUUUCGAAGAAACUAUUGCACACCAUGAGCCAGGUCACAUACUGCGCAGCGCGUUUGCAGCAGGAACCUGAGAGUAUCAUCGUCCCCAUUACGGCAGGAUUCUUAAUGCGGACGUUGACAGACAUGCGCCAAUGGAGCCGUGAGGGGAAAUCUUGGGAACAGUGUCGACAGCAUCCCCAGACGAUAACCCGGGUGCGUGAUGCCGCGGAUAAUGUUAUAAUAUCCUCUAAGGAGGACAUGACGGACGUUACAGCCGAAGCAUGGAGAAUCGCAGCCAUAAUUUAUCAUCAGUGUCGUCUCUUAAGGCUACCACGAAACCACCCGGAUGUUCUUGCCAAUAUGGACGAUCUCGCCAAGUGCAUUCGCAUUAUGCCCACAUCGGGGCAAUUGUUCACAGCUCAGGCGCCUUUGCUACCGGUAUUUUUCUUGGGUUUGCUUGCUACUAAUCCUGCGCACAAGGAGGUAUCAAGAGCCUGGUUCCAACAAGUCACAAACACGCCAGUUCGAAGUAGUGUGCCUCCAUUGUACAAUACGCUCAAAAGAAUCUGGAAAUGGACCGACAACGAUGUAAACCUCCAGCUUGGAACAACUCCUGUUCCCGAAUCUCUCGGCCAGCGAUGUCCUUGGUGGGAACACCUCGUCAAGAGGGUUGGCGAAGAGGAAGAUGAGACUCUUUACCUGACUUAA